AAAUGCCUACCACGAUCGAUAACCUUCUGAAGGCAAUCUCAGCAAACAUGUGACUUUCAUGACAAAUAUUGUAAACAUACAGCAACAGUUUAAGCGCGGACGAGGUAGGCAGGGCGUCCUCCUUUUUACAGGACGUCCCUGAACGCGACAGGCUGUGCGACCAAGUGAAGCGUUAAAACAAGGACGACGACAACAAACGAGCACGGAUAUCGAUCGAGGACACAACCAGGAAAGCCGGAAUCGAUGGUGUCCAACGGAAGACCUGCUCGGGUUCUAUUCCGGCCGCUCGGUGACGAAGACACGUCGUGUAUUUUUGUCCAAAGCGGCGUCCUUUUCCGAACGACGACCGCUAGCCGUCCUCGUGCAGGCUAGUGACGUCAUGUUAGCUCCAGCUAGCCGUCCAUCCCAGGAAGCAUCCGUGUAUCGAUUUGGAAAGUGACCCGCGGUUGGGACAAAGGGGGAGAGGCUUUUUUCCCAACCCGGAAGAGGGCGCCUCUGUUCGAGCAGCCAUUGUCGUUUCCUGCCGGACAACCGGAAACAUGAGCUGGGUCUGUGACGUCACGACCACUUGAAGCCCACUCAGCGCCUCCGAGUGGCGGGUGGGGUGAAAGAGGAGCUCCUCGCCAUGGAGGUUCGCUUCGGCAGCAUCGUCUUCAGCUCCAAGUUUGACUCGGGGAACCUGGCCCGUGUGGAGAGGGUGAACAGGACCACGCCCAGCCCCUCUCCUGAUGCCACCACCGCAGCCGCCGCCGGGGGGGCCGCAUCGGCGCCAGGCAUACCCGACUACGAGUUCAACGUUUGGACGCAGCCGGACUGUGCGGGCACGGAACACGAGAACGGCAAUAGGUCCUGGUUUCACUUCAGCGUGCAGGGCGUGGCAGCCGGCAAGCUGCUGAAGAUCAGCGUGAUGAACAUGAACAACCAGAGGAAGCUCUACAGCCAAGGCAUGGCACCUCUGGUGCGCACGGUUCCCGGCAAGAACAGGUGGGAGAGGGUCCGCGACCGGCCGACCACUGAGAUCGUACGCAACCAGUUCGUGCUGUCCUUCACCCACCGGCUGGCGGAUGUGCGAGGCGCCACCACCUUCUUCUCCUUCUGCUUCCCCUUCUCCUACACCGAGUGCCAGGAGAUGCUGCAGCGCUUGGACAACAGCUACCAGCACGGUGCUGAGCUCGGCACCGGGAGCCCCCCCGGCAGCGUGUACUAUCACAGGGAGCUGCUGUGCCGCUCCCUGGACGGCAACAGGGUGGACCUGCUCACUGUGACCAACUGCAGCGGGAUGCAGGACGAGCGGGAACCUCGUCUGCCGCAGCUCUUCCCGGACGCCGACACCCAGCGCCCACAUCGCUUCGCUGACAAAAAAGUGUUCUUCCUCAGCAGCCGCGUGCACCCGGGCGAGACCCCCUCCUCCUUCGUCUUCAACGGCUUCCUCAGCUUCAUCCUGAGGAGAGACGACCCCCGAGCCCACGCGCUAAGGAACAUGUUCGUCUUCAAGCUCAUCCCCAUGCUCAACCCCGAUGGCGUCGUCAGGGGACACUACAGGACGGACUCCCGGGGCGUGAACCUGAACAGACAGUACCUGAAUCCCAGCCCCGAGCUGCACCCGUCCAUCUACGCCGCCAAAGCGCUGCUGCUGUAUCAUCACGUACACAACAGAAUGCAGGCCUGGGGGCCCUGGGCCCCACCCAUCCACACGGAGGCUAUCGGCCAGCGCCGGACCACCCUCCCCCUCACCGCUCUGGAAGUCAGCCUGAACCAGCGCAACACGGAGAAGGACGCCGGCCCGGCCCGGCCCGAGGUCCCGAUGGCCACGGAAGAAAAUGGUUGGGGGGGUGUGGACGAGGUGGCCAAGGAGGACCCCGGCAGCUUGUCCAGCUCCUCGGAGACGGUCGCCAUGCUGCCACAGCUUCGGGAGGACGAGGAGCAGGGAUCCAUUCCGCCAAAGGAGGGGGGCGUGGCCUACUACGUGGACUUGCACGGCCACGCCUCCAAGCGGGGGUGCUUCAUGUACGGAAACAACCUUCCUGACGAGAGCCAGCAGGUGGAGAACAUGCUCUACCCCAGGCUGAUCGCCAUCAACUCGCCACACUUUGACUUUGUGGGGUGCAACUUUUCCGAGAAAAACAUGUACGCGAGGGACAAGCGUGACGGCCAGUCGAAAGAAGGCAGCGGGCGGGUGGCCGUCCACAAAGCCAUCGGGCUUCUUCACAGCUACACGCUGGAAUGCAACUACAACACCGGGAAGGCGCUCAACACCAUCCCCGCCGCUUGCCAUGACAACGGCAGGGCCACGCCCCCUCCCUUGCCCGCCUUCCCACCCAAAUACACGCCAGAAAUAUUUGAACAGGUGGGGCGCGCCGUGGCCAUCUCAGCGCUGGACAUGGCCGAGUGCAACCCGUGGCCGCGCCUGGUCCUGUCGGAGCACAGCUGCCUGGGGAACCUGCGGGCGUGGGUCCUCAAGCACGUCCGCAGCACCGCCGCCCAGACCGCCAACCACCACGGCAAGGCCUCGCCGCCCAAGAUCCUCCACAACGGUCUAAGCGCUUCGGCCGCCGAGGGCUCCUUCAGUCGCAUGCGCUGCAACAGCCAGAGCAGCGGCAGCCUGACACCCUCCCCGAAGAUGCACAGCUCGCCCAGCUUCACUUUCGGGUGCCCCCCACCCACAGCCAACACGCAGAACCACGGCGUGCGCGGCGGCAAGUCCCUCGGGUCCGUGCGGGACACGAAACCUCCGGAGAAGUGGCACCCGCCUCAGCACCGCACCGUCCUGCGUUCCCCCGGCAACAGCCACGCACCCGCCCACACACCUCCUCCGCCCUCCUCACCCCCCUCCUCUUCCUCCUCCUCCUCAUCGGUGUCUGCGGCAGGCUCCUGUCUCCCGUCCUCCAUCGGUACGGCAGGCCUCGGCUGUGCAGACUUUCAGGCGGCUCGGUCCAAAGCGCCUUUCGCCGCACGCCCCGGCCGAGGAGGGCGAGGGUGCAGAAAUCCUAACCCCCACCCGGGCCAUCGCCCCACAGCGACUCCACAAGACUGCGGACCCCAGCACAUCCUGGCCUCCCUCAGGUUCACCAAGUGUGAGCUGCCGCCGCACGCAGGCCGCUCCUCCGGCAGGAAGGCGGGGUCGUCCGAAAGCACCGCCGCACGUCACAACAAGACCCGCCCUAAUUUAGUCCUUCAAGCUGACGAGCGAGCCAAACCGCAGACCUGCAAAGCCCCCAAGAGGACCACCGCCCGAGCCCAUGUCGUCAAAUAGCAACCCCCUCACCUGCACAUCAUUGGCUACCGUACCUGGCAACCCCCCCCUCAAUGAUGAGUCACCAGUCUUUAGUAGAAGAUGAUCUACUACAACCAAAACCUUCUGCCUUUAAGUACGGCACCAAAUGGUGGAAGAUGUGUGGUCACACCUCCACACAUCCUUACAUUAUCAUCGUAGCCAUCUCCACUAGUUCACACAUUAGCAGUCAACACGCUCAGCAAAUAUCCAUGCGUUCCCACAAAAGCCGCAUUUAUCUAUCAGCACAUAUCAGCGGAAAGAGAAAUACGGCAUCGUCUACCUGCAGCGUUCAAGGAUGCCGCCCACAACAAAUAUGAUCAACUGUGGCCAAUAAUGAUUCCAAUUUCCAAUCACAUUUGAUGUAGUUAAUCACAAGCAUUUUGCUACAUUUGUGCAUAUGUAUUUUAAUCAUUGCACCUGAAAGCUUCCUGCGGCCCCACCCGCGGACCGCUACUGGGCCAGGACCCGGUGGUUGGGGAUCCCCUGCUCUAGGCAGCCAAAAGGGUGGGUAUUUGACCUCCAACCCUGCAAAACAAAGCAUAAGAACCUGAGCCCCUGUAGGACACCUCUCUGGUUUCCCAGCAUCGACUCAAUAAGACAAAUAUUCACCUUGGCUAUUUUUAGGAAUCUUUGGUUGACUUGGCCAAAGUCAUCCGUGUUUCCAUUGGUUUGGUCAAAUUGGUCUGUCGUGGGGACUGACCAGGGAGUGGGGCGGUUUGCCCGAUGACACCCUGGUGAUCCCGUGACUGGUGACGGCAUCAUCGUACCAGGGUGUGGAGCUUCCUGUGUGGAUGGUAGAUGUUGGCCACCUAUGUUCUUCAUGCUCCAUCUGCGUGUCCUCGUUAAAGUGUAGCUUCACCACAGCACAUACGGGGGGCACGCAUCCAGGCACCACGGUCACCUGGCAAACAUCCCAUCCUCAUAUCCUCGCCAUGCCCACUAAGAACGUUAAUCGUGACGUGUGAAGGUUGUGAAGUACUCAUGUACCCAAUGCCGUGUGUACCCAUAAAUGUUCCAAUAAAUACUCUGUACAGCAAA